AUGGUCCGACGGCAGUGCAGCGCCGGCGGUGCCGACGGCGGAUGGCGAGAACCGACGGUGCAGGUCGCAGAGGGACAGGUAAAGAGAUUGUGCGUGGAGGCGCAGAACUGUAUGAUUCAGAACAGGUGGUUGGAUUUGGCUUCUUUGAUGAUUACUUCUGCGGAUGUAAUUUUCUCUAAAGCCUCUGAGAAAGAUCUUGAAUGUGUUUACACUGUGAUCUGCAACCUUGUUAGCAAGUCUGAGAGCCUCGAUCAAGUGCAUGAGAUGACAGAGCUUAUAUCCACAAAGGUCACUCAACAGCCUAAUGACAAACCUGCACUGCGCUUAAAGAUCUUGUUUAACCUCUACAACCUAUUGGACAACCCAUACAGCCAGUUUUUUGUGUAUAUGAAGGCCCUCAACUUGGCCACUUAUGGAAAGGUCACUGAGCACGUCAUACCAUCUUUUAGAAAGAUAGAUAACUUUAUGAGGGAGUGGAAUCUUGGUGUUAAGGAUCGGAGGGAUCUAUUUCUUGCAGUUUCCAAUAUUUUGAAGGAUAGCAAGAGCUCAGCAAAGGACUCCUUCGACUUUCUUGUCAAGUAUCUGGAGACUUUUUCGGGUGAUGAUGUGUUGUCUGUGGCUGAAGCUAAAGAAGAAGCCGUCCGAGCUGUUAUUGAGUUUGUGAAGUCACCUGACAUGUUUCAAUGUGACUUACUAGAUAUGCCAGCUGUAGUGCAAUUGGAGAAAGAUGCAGAAUAUGCUCCCAUUUAUCAACUUCUGAAAAUCUUUCUUACUAAGAGGCUCGACGCCUAUUUGGAUUUCUAUUCAUCAAAUUCUAGCAUAUUGGGCCGUUAUGGUCUUGUGCAUGAAGACUUGAUUUCUAAAAUGAGAUUAAUAUCCCUCGUUGAUCUUGGAAAAAAUGAAUCAGGUCAAAUUCCUUACUCUUUGAUUAAGGAAACUAUCCAGAUUGAAGAUGAUGAAGUGGAGCCAUGGAUCGUCAAGGCAAUUUCGGCUAAGUUAAUAGACUGCAGAAUUGAUCAAAUCAACCAUGUUGUCGUUGUGAGCCGCUACGCAGAGCGUGCAUUCGGUCUUAAUGAAUGGAAAUUCCUUCGAUCAAAGCUUGUGGCAUGGAGGGGAAACAUUGCUAAUAAUAGUAUUCUCGGCCGCAAGUCAAAAUUUUACAGCUUACCUGCAGAUAGGGAGUAUCGGUUUGCAUUUGAUUUGUAG